AUGCUCGUUGAAUCUCUGUUCGAGUUCUUCGUGAUAUCUCGCAUGCUGAUCUCGCAGACUUCAUCAGUGAAUUGGAACGACAAGGUAAGCCAUGUUCAUCUUUUUUGUAAGUUCUCCCAUUUUUUCUUUUGUUUUUAAGCUUUUUAUGAUCCAAACUUUCGUGUUUUCCAAAACAGAUCAUGGAAAUUAACGCAGAAGCCAUAGGAAGUCUGUCAAACCUUUUGCAUGAACGCGGGUAAGGCUCUUGAUUUCAGUUUAUCCAACUAUUUUAGGAACUAUUCUUUCGUCUUCUACAUUUUUUUAAAUAUUUCAAUACGUUUUUCUUUUCUUUUCCAGUCUUGAGUUACCUGUAACCCUGAGAGACCUGCUAGUCAAUGCAAGGUCUUUAUCAGGGAAGACCCAUAACAAAGAACUCCGAUCAUAUAUUUACAGGGAAAUGUUUACGUUUUUAGCGGUAGGUAAUCUUGAAACCAUGUCUUUAAAAUGAUGGUCUGAUUUUCGUUAGAAUCAGUGAUGUCAUUUAUAACUUUAACUAUAACUGCAGUCAAAUUGAAAUCAACAGCGGAAUAAAGCAUUCGGUUGGGAGUAUAGAAGAAUAUACAUGUACGGAAGGUGUGAAAUUCACAACUGCGUUCCACGUGUGCUCCGUUUGAUCAGCACUCCGUGCAGUUGCAAAUUGCGAAAGAAUGCCAAGUUUGUGGCUUUUCGAUCCAAAUCAGGAACAUAAUAUAACAUUCUGCUUCCAUUUUUUUCUCUCUUUCGACAUUCUGACCGCCCAGACUUUACCCUGAGAAUCUCUACCGAGUAAGUUUAUCUAUUAUUCAUCUCGGUCGACCUUUGUCAGUUUAGAAAUGGGCUUAUUCUUUUGUUAUAAACUGUUUUUUCCACUAUGGAGCAAAGAGUAGUGUAAACAAUUCGUUGUGUUAUUUAGUAGCCCACUACUGUCCUCACUCAAGGAAGUAGGGUCUACAUCUUCAUAGGUUUAUGUAGUGACUGAAGCUGAUCACUGCAGUAAUGAGAAUCUUUAGAUUUGGUGAUUAGUAACCAAUCCUAAACACUUGUCUCUACAUAAAUACCAAACACUUAGCAUACUGAAAUGUAUCUUUCUUUUCCUUUUCCAGCAUCAAAAUGGCAUAGGAGAUGGGUCAUCCCUCAUAUAUCCCCCAGAAAUAGUUGACACUAUUCGUCAACUAUAUCCUGGGGAUAUAAAAAAUUAUACACCCAAGAGUAAAAAGGUAAGAAAAAUUAUUCAACUUGUGCCAAGAAACUAGAGUAAGAUUUUAAGACUUUGUUUCUGUCAUAGAGAAAGGGCUUCUACGAAGUACCUCUGGAGGAGCUCAUCAAAGUUUACAAGGAGGCUGAUCUGAGGAAUGACUUACAGGUAAGCACUUUUUCCAUAGGUGGAGUGUUCAGCAAACCACUUUUGGCUUACUUAAUCUAUAGCCUUCGCGGGGAAUGGCUCGGUAUUCUAUAAGAUAAAGCUUAAUGGGUUAUUGACCCAUAUCUGUUUGGUGCCAUGGACCUGGUAGUUCAUCCAGAAAAAAGAUGAGCAAGGCAGGAAUGGCCAUUGCUUGACGGCAUUUUUUACAGCAAGAGUAAUAUUACUAAUAUCUCUUUAAUAGUAGAGACAAUCAAAAUGGAAGAUGUGAAAUGUACAUUAGUCCUAUAUUUGAAUGACAUGAUUACCCUAACAAGAGUCCAAAUCCUCCUUUAGCAGGACUGGGUCUUGUCUUAUUUUUUUUUUACCAUUUCCUUGUGUUCAUUUUCUCUCUCCUUUUUUUGCAGCAAGCCCAAGAUGGCCCUAGCUCACCAGCAGCCAAGAGACCAAAAAAAGAGUAA